UCGGUUAUUCCUACAAUAUGUAUUGUUUUUGUGUGUUUUAAUGACAAAUUUACCUCAUGAAAAAAGAUUAAUCCCAGAUAAAAUGAUUGGAACCUUGUUUUGAUUAGCAUGGGAUCCCCACAUACGUUUAUCAUUUCAUUUAUACAAUAACUUUGUCUAGAUUUCUUUGUUCAGAUUUAGUGUUUUCGCGUUUUUUUUACCUUGAACCUUGCAUUGUAAACUUAUGAUAAAGAUAUUUUUGGCUUGAGACUACAUCAUACCGAUCAUAUUCCUACUGUUUACUAAUAUACAUAACUUCAUUUUUUGUUUGAAAAUCCUGUCAUAUAUGAUAUAUUUCAAGUAUGUUGGUUAAUCUGUUGAUGAAACGGAGUUAAUCCGGUGAUUUUAUUGCGCUGAGUUUCAGAGAAAAUGCUCGGUUAAAUAACGUGGAGGAAAAGCAGCUUCUCAGUGCAUUGUCAUGAAUGGGAAAAUUACGUCGACUGGCACCCGAACUGAAAUGUCCUACAUCCAAAUUUUAGAGUUAAUCUCCAAAGUAAAAGAAUGAACUAAUUUCGAUCUAAAAAAAAGUUCUCAAAAAGUUAUGAUAUCUUCAAAAACAACCAUGCAACACCAAGAAAUUAGCUUACUAGAAGCGUUGUCGGAGUCAUCCAAUGUUAAAGGUGUUCUAGCCCAGGUUCCGGAAUCUAUGGAUCUGAACUCAGCAUCGUCUACAGUUUCCGUUCAAUCAGACAAUAGUCAUUUCUCAACAUUGAUCUCCGAUACUUUUUUGAGCAACGGAAUUCCGGAAACCGUGGGACUUUCCGAUAUUUUGUCAUCGGCUCACAAAGCUCCGGACAUCUCUGCAGGACUUGAAACAUUUGCAGCUGGGGGCGAUACAUCGUCAAUUCACAAUCCAGUAGAGCUUGAGGAUACUGAAACACAGUGGAUUGAUCUCGACGGAACACUUAUAAAGGGUAUCCUUGCUUUCGGGGAUGAUGGCAACCAGUAUAUUAUCCCAGCCAGUGAACCUGGCUCCACCCUUCAACCCUUUCAGGUUGUUGCUGGUUCAUCUCCAGGUUCAUUUUCUUUACCUAAACUCAAUCCUCCAUCUACCCAGACCCAACCUACACCUGUCGUAUCCUCUCUGACCGACUCUAGCAGUAUAACCUUCUCUAUACCUGUUCCUAAUAGCUGUACAAACUAUUCUACUGGUAACUCAAACCACCUGGAGAACUUAUUGGAAUCUCCGGCCGAAGCUAUCUCUGUUAUCUCCACAAAACAAAAAAAUACAACCAGAAAUGCUCACGGAGCUAGAAAAAUGAUAAAGAGAGUGUAUAGACCUGUGUCUAAGGCUAAACCAGGAAUUGAAACUGUUUCCCAAGUUCUCCAACCAUCUGAGACAGCUGAUUUCCAACCUUGUAUAAUGUUGGAUGGAACUGAACAGUAUUCUAUUCAGGGCUCAAACCAAAUAGUGGAUCUUACAGGAUUGGUUGUAUCAGAAACCAUUCCACUAGUUCUAGACCCUGCUACAGGUCAACUUAUACCACAAGAAUUAGGGAGUACUCAAAUUCAGGGGUCAGAAAGUACAUCACUCCACAGUUCUAAAAGUACAUUGAGUACACUAGUCCAGGACGGAGAUAAAAUGUAUCAGAGUUACUCUGAGAAUGGAGUUAGCCGAGUUAUCGAAGGGUUUCUUCUUAAACCCACUGUAACUUACUCUGAUCAGGCUCCUUCAAAAGAUAAAAGUCUAGCUAGAGUGAAACCGUUCUCUGUUAGCGGCAAGAAUAUAAAAUAUGAAAUAUUCAGCCUUCUUUCAAACAAAGCGAAGACUUCAACGGCGAAAAGAAAAGUGUCGAGAGUAAAAUGUCAAUGUACAAAUCAUAUCAUUAUAGGAUAUCCUCCGUCAGAUGUACAUUACUGGGAAGUUGAAGCUUCACGAGACCCUGGUGGGUUGAACCUGAACUUCCUGAACCCCGGGGUUAAAUACCUCUACGACGAGGGGCUUCUCAAGGCGUUCAAGUCAGCUCUUAGCUGCCUUAAAACUGAGAAUACUAGAAAUGAAGUUUCUUUAGAAGUAUCGAUCUGUUUGACGUGUGUAAGGUGGGGUGAAGUAGAAUUUGCUAAAUUAAAACAAAGGAUAGAUAAAGAUCAAGGUCUCACGGAGUUACCGCCACAGGGGACUGUCAAACUUAAUCCAGAGAUUCCUGUUCUGAAACCCCCUCUUCUUAAUAAACCGGUUCUACUAGAAACAAAUACACCAAGAAUUGAAGAAACCGCGACGAAGAUUAACUUAGAAGAUUUGUUGAGAGAUGGAGGUGAUUCUAAAACCCAACCUGGCAUUAAUGAGAGGAGGGAUAAACAGGCAGGGAAAGAAGUCGGAAACAAUGUUGACGAGGUUGAUCUUCGCGACAAAGUUCAACAUCAGCCUGGAGAGAAGAAGGAGAGACGGAAACCUCGAAGAUCCUCGACAAAUAAUCCCGGAGAGAAUGUUUACAAAAAGGUUUAUAAUAAUAUCCGUCGGAGCUCAGGGGAGACGACAAGGAAGGUUGAGGGGAAGGUGCAAGCGAAGAAUUCUGCAAAGAAAGAUUUUCUUUAUGAUCUUAUCUGUGAUAUUCCAGGUUGUGAUGUGAAGGUCCGAAGCUAUAAGUUUCUGGAAGCCCACUUUAAAGCAAAGCAUCCACUCUUAGUUAUUCCUGUAAGGGAGGCAAAUAAUGAUACUUUCAAUCAAAAAAUGGAAAAAAUGGCAAACGAGGAUGCAAAUGAUAUUUCUACUGGACCUAGUAGCAGAUUAGACACUGACAAUGGAUCUACUAGACCUAGUAGAAGAUUAGACCCUGGCAAUAGAUCUACUGGACCUAGUAGAAGAUUAGACCCUGACAAUGGAUCUACUGGACCUAGUAGAAGAUUAGACCCUGGCAAUAGAUCUACUGGACCUAGUAGAAGAUUAGACCCUGGCAAUAGAUCUACUGGACCUAGUAGAAGAUUAGACCCUGACAAUGGAUCUACUGGACCUAGUAGAAGAUUAGACUCUGGCAAUAGAUCUACUGGACCUAGUAGCAGAUUAGACCCUGACAAUGGAUCUACUGGACCUAGUACCAGAUUAGACCCUGACAAUGGAUCUACUGGACCUAGUACCAGAUUAGACCCUGACAAUCUAUAUACUGGAACUCCUGCAAAUAGUUCUACAGGCAAUAGGAACCACACUAAAAUAUCUCAAGUCAGGAAUCAAAAUUUCUCGGCUGGUACUAAGAUGCAAAAUAAUACCACCAUUAGAACAAGGAAUCUUGAAAUUAGAAUUGAAAGGUUAAGAAAUGUAAAAGCUCUGCUUAAGGCACAAUCUGUCUGUUUUCAAAAUAAAUCCACGAACUUUGAAAGAUGCGUUAGCCCUAAAUCCUGCUGUACAAUUGAUGAUGAAGUAUCUACAAACGAGGAGGUAAAGUUGUGUAAACCCAAUGAAGCCGUAGACAUUGAAAAUCUACAUAAAAAUAACAAUAACAAAGAAGUUAUUCAUGCAGCUGAAAACAAAAAGACUGAGAUAACUGGAGUUAUGGACCAUCCUGAUAUGAAGGAUCUUGACUCAGAUUGUGCAGAUCAAGAUCCAGAUUCUGAAGAUAAAGAUAUUGGUUUUGAAGAUCAUGACAAAAUUCCAGGUUCUAAAGAACUGAAUCCAGGUCCUAUAGGGAAGAUUCCUGGUUCUGAAGAACUAAAUCCAGGCCUUGCAGAAAGGGGUUCUAAAGAACUGAAUUCCGUUUCAGUAGAAAAGAAUACUUGCUCUGAAGAACAGAAUCUAGGUACUUCAAGAAAGAAUCCUGGUUCUGAAGAACUAAAUCCAGGUUCUGCUGGAAAAGAUCUUGGCUCUGAAAAACUUAAUUCAAGUCCUGCUGGAAUAAAUCCCGGUCCAGAAGAACUGAAUCUUUGUACUGAAGAACUGAAUCCAGAUGGUCCUGCAGAAAAAAAAUCGGGUUCUGAAGAACGCAAUCCAGGUUCUGCAGAAAUGAAGUAUGGUUCUGAAGAACUGAAUCCUGUUCUUGCAGGGAACAAUCCUGUAUUUGAAGAACCGAAUCCGGUUUCGACUGGAAAGCGUUCUAGUUCUGAAGAACUGAACUCAAGUUCUGCUGGAAAGCAUCCUGGUUCUAAAGAACUGAAUCUAGGUCUUACAGGAAAGAAUCUUGAUUCUGAAGAACUGAAUUCAGGUCCUGCAGGAAAGAACCCUGGUUCUAAAGAACUGGAUCCGGGUCCUGCUGAAAAAAAUCUUGGUUCUGAAGAACUGAAUCCGGGCUCUAACGAAGAGAGUUCAGUUUCUAAAGAAAAUAACCCAGGUUUAAAUGAGCAUGUUUUUGGUUCUGAAGGAUCGAGUCUGGGUUCAAAAUGUCCAAGGCAAGAAGAUCUUAAAUUACUUGAGAGGAAUCCCAGGCGUACCGUUAAACCUGAUAACUCAGCACUGACACGUCUUAUCCUAAGAAAUAGUUUGGGUGAAGUUCUCUCCUUUAACUAUGAUGAAGCUAAUGAUAAACUAGGAUUUAUCAAACCCGUCCCGGCAGCUGAUUCUAAAGCUACUCAAUCAAUGGAAGAAGUUAGAUCUGCAAGUAAAGAUAUUAAAACUUCGUCUGUGAAGUUCAAAAAGAAAAAGAGAUCGUUAAUAAACCUUCAGAUAGAUAUGGUAUCUGAUACAUUUAACCCAACCAAAAAGAGGAGAACUGUUAAAAAUGAGGUGGAGGAUUUGACAGAAACUUCAAGAGAUCUGACCAAAGCUAAAAAGAAAAGAAACGGAUUAGAUCUCAAGAGACUCAAAACGAGUAAAUCUCUUCUAGUCAAGAAUCAUUCAAAUAGAGACCAUCAGCUGUCCAAGAAAGGAAAACCCGGAACUGUGACCAAGCACUCGAAAAGCAAAACUAACGCUAAUAAGCAGAGUAGGAAAAUCCGCAGUUUUGGAAAAAAUCAAAGAUUUGCAGAAAUUUUAUUUCAGCGCAUGAUUGACAAAGCUGUCCCUGCUGCUGAUGCAUUUGAAAUUCUCCGAUCCCGUGUUAAUGGUCUGGAGUUCAAUGAUUUCGAAGAAGAAUAUAGAAAAUAUUACCUCAAAAAUCUUUCUGCAAAUGUUGAAGAAAAUCACGAAAGUAAAACGACGUCGACGUCGCCGAAGAAUGAUUUAUCAAAUAAUUCUUCUCUCCUCGAACAAUUAACAUUGAUUGAGACGAAAGUUCAAGGCAUUUUAAAUGGUAACCAUGUAUUUAAUGAUAAAGAAUUUGAAAGGUUGGACCAUAUUCGUGAUAUGUUAAAUGAGCUUGUAUCCCGGUCUUAAAAUUGCAUUUAUUUAAGAUAAAAAAAAUCUACUCCACA